AUGCCGAACGAAGUACAGAACCUGUCUUUUGUCCUCGAAAAGCAACACCACGUUAAGUUUGAGGACCGACCAGUACCCAAGAUUCAAUCACCCUACGACGUCCUCGCCAACGUCAAGUUCACUGGCAUCUGCGGCUCAGAUGUGCACUACUGGCAGCAUGGCGCCAUUGGCCACUUCGUGGUCAAGGACCCAAUGGUGCUCGGUCACGAAUCCAGCGGCAUCAUUGAGGCUGUGGGUGACAAAGUGACGAAAGUGAAGGUCGGCGACCGCGUUGCUAUGGAGCCAGGCAUUCCGUGCAGAAGAUGUGACCGGUGCAAGGAGGGCAAGUACAACCUGUGUGAGGACAUGCGGUUCGCGGCUACACCGCCCAUUGAUGGCACAUUGGCAAAGUACUACACCCUGCCUGAGGACUUCUGCUACAAGCUGCCAGACAACAUGUCACUUGAGGAAGGCGCAUUGAUGGAGCCUUUGUCGGUUGGUGUGCAUAUCACACGGCAAGCGGAUGUCAAGCCCGGACAGAGUGUCGUCGUGUUCGGUGCCGGUCCUGUGGGCCUUUUGUGCUGUGCAGUCGCCAAGGCUUACGGCGCGAACACCAUCGUUGCCGUUGACAUGAAUGCUGAGCGUCUGGAGUUCGCCAAGAAGUACGCUGCAACCCACACCAUUGUGUCACAGAAGGAAGCUCCUGCAGACACCGCUGCACGCAUCAUUGAACAGUGCGGACUUGGGCUUGGUGCAGACGCUUGCAUUGAUGCCACAGGCGCAGAGCCUUGCAUUCAGGCCGGUAUUCACGUCCUGCGCGCUGGCGGCACAUACGUUCAGGGCGGCAUGGGCAAGAGCGACAUCAUGUUCCCCAUCGGCGCGACUGGCAUCAAGGAGCUUAACGUGAAGGGCAGCUUCCGGUACAGCGCAGGCGACUACCAGACGGCUGUUGACCUCGUGUCGAGCGGAAGGCUGAGCGUGACGGAGCUUAUCUCGCGGAAGGUCAGCUUCCAGGACGCGGAGAAGGCAUUUGAAGAUGUCAAGGCGGCGAGAGGCAUCAAGGUGCUGAUUGAGGGUCCAGACCCGGUGAGGGCGCAAUUGUAG